AUGGGUGGUCACACCAUUGAAUUCUACUACGACAUAUCGUGUCCAUUCGCUUAUAUUGCCUCGACAAAAAUCGAAGCGCUAGCAUCUCGUACUGGAGCAAACCUCAUCUGGCGUCCAGUACUCCUGGGAGCGAUCUACCGAGCAACAAGUGCACCACAAGGAGCAGCAGGAUCAGCAUCGGACGUAUUCAAUGCUACAAAGAAAGCUGUUUCUGGCCGGGCUUUCCAACGAACGAUCAAGCGUCAUGGUAUAGAUCAUAACGACCCACCCAAACACCCUGUGAAGACUACGGCAGCUUUGAGAUUGCUCUACUUCGUGAAUCGUAAUCAACGGCCUGCCCUGACCAAAGCACUCUUCCGCGCCUACUGGGUAGAAGGAAAGAAUGUCUCAGAUCAGCAGGUCCUGAUUGACGUCGUCCAGCGAUCUGGAAUCAAGGAGGUCGAGGCUGUGGUCAACGCAAUCAAAAACGGCAGUACUGAGUCACAAUCUCAGCGAAAGCAGCUUGAGGAGUCAACAGAUCUAGCCGUUAAACGAGGAGCGCCCGGCGUACCCUCAUUCUGGAUAUCUGAUGAGGUAUGGACUGACAAUGACGGUAAGCGAAAGCAAGGUAGACUGUACUGGGGUCAAGAUAGGAUGCAGUUCCUGGAAGCUGUUCUGCAUGCCAUGAACGAAGGCAAAGAUGGGGCGCAGCUAGGCAGAAUCUCGAGACCACUGCAAUCAUUGAUACCGCAUAGUGCCAGAUCUUCGACUGUUCCUGAUGGCCAGGAGGUCAAGCUAGAGUUCUGGUACGACUUCUCCUCGCCUUGGGCCUUCCUAGGCUGGACACAGCUUGAUCGACUCCAGCGCAAGUAUGGCUCGAGACUACACAUAGAGAUGAAACCGUUCUUGCUGGGUAUCUUGUUCCGAGAGAUUGGUGCACCCAACACACCAAUGUCAGCAAUCAGCGAACAGAAGCGCAAUUAUACGAGACUUGAUCACCUCGACUGGUGUCGAUGGUGGAAUGCAGUAAACCAGCAGGAAGGCAACUCCGACAAACAGAUCGACUUCUACUGGGCUGACAAGUUCCCAAUUCGUACGCCGACUGUUUUACGAGCUGUGCUGGUAGAGCCAAAGCUAGUAACGCCUCUCUAUCGUGGCUGCUGGGAGCAGAACCUCGACAUGUCAUCCGAUGAAGUCGUACAGACAGUCAUCGACAAGGCUGGCUUCGAUGGCCGUAAGAUUCUGGCACAAGCCAGUUCCGAUCAGUACAAGAAAGCUCUUCGGGCCUUGACACAAGAAGCAAAGCAGAUCGGGCUGUGUGGUGUGCCAAGCUAUCGAGUCUCUCGAAGGAGCUCAGGUCAAUCUUGGAAGCAGGCGGGAGAUCUUGUCUGGGGCCAGGAUGAAUUGGCUGUGGUUGUAGACUUGAUCUCUGGUGCCAGUGGCAGUGAUGUCGCAAGCGUGCUUCCGAUUGACGGGAGUAACCAACGGUGUAGUAAGCUGUAG